AUUAAAACAAAAAAAGUUGGAUAUUUUUAUUUUGGAGGACUUGCAAGCAUGGGUGCAGUCCUUUUCACACACCCCCUUGAUUUGAUCAAAGUUGUUUUGUUGUUUUGAUUUGACUGGUUCAUCUCCAAACACAAAAAUCUGGAAAUGGAAUGAUAAAAUUAUUUGGAAAUGUAAUACGUGAAAACAAUGUAUCGGGCCUCUACAACGGGCUAUCCGCCUCACUAUUUAGACAGGGAACAUAUUCACUCACCCGAUUCGCUAUUUAUGAAACAUUUAAAGAAAAAAUUUCUCAAAAAACCAAUAAACCACUCCUAUUUUAUCAAAAAGUAUGCUUGGCCGGGUUUUCUGGGUUUGUCGGCGGAAUUGUUGGCAAUCCCGGAGAUAUGGUCAACGUCCGAAUGCAGAAUGACAUGCGACUUCCUAUCCCUAGCUACAAACAUGUUUUUGAUGGACUAGUUCGAGUAUUAAGAGAAGAAGGAACUUUUAAGGUAUUUAAUGGAGUAACCAUGACUUCAACCCGCGGUUUAUUUAUUACAAUUGGCCAAAUCUCAAUUUAUGAACAAGUGAAGGAAAUGCUUCUCAAAACAAAAUAUUUUAACGACAAUACUCUCCUUCAUUUUAUUAGCAGUUUCGUGGCGGUAGUUCAUUUGGAUUAUUGUAGGGAGCAGUGGCAACGGUAAUCUGCCAACCUAUCGAUGUAAUGAAGACUCGAAUGAUGAACUCUAAU